AUGGGGGCAAGAGAUAGGGGGCCAGGAGAGAGAGGGGGGCAAGAGAUAGGGGGCCAGGAGAGAGAUGGGGGCAAGAGAGCGAAGAAAGUUAGAGAGAGAGGAAGUCAGGAGAGAGAGGGCCAGGAGGGAGAGAUGAAGUUUGGAGAGCGAGAGAAGAAGGAAAUAAGGGGCAGGAAGGAAGGAAAUAGAAAAAAUAUGAUUUAGGACAGAAUCCUGAUGUGUGUGUAGAGACUGAGGAGCCUGAGGCUUUUAGUGUCUUUCCUGUUGUCUUUAUUCUCUAGACAUGCCUCCCCAUCAGCUCGCAUGUAUCCAGACUGUCAUUUCUGACCAUGGUGAGGUGCAUGGUGUAAAAUAAUUAUCUUAAUGGCUUCUGUUUCCCUCUGAUGCUCUGAUGACCUCCUGCAGGAACUGUACCCAUUGUGGAUAUAAUAACACCAUUUAUUUAUUUUACCUUUAUUUAACUAGGCAUGUCAGUUAAGAACAAAUUAUUAUUUACAAUGACGGCCUACACCGGCCAAACCCGGACGACGCUGGGCCAAUUGUGCACCGCCCUAUGGGACUCCCAAUCACGGCCGGUUGUGAUACAGCCUGGAAUGACGCCUCAAGCACUGAGAUGCAGCCCAUGGUGGAUAUAAUAACACCAUGGUGGAUAUAAUAACACCAUGGUGGAUAUAAUAACACCAUGGUGGAUAUAAUAACGCCAUGGUGGAUAUAAUAACGCCAUGGUGGAUAUAAUAACGCCAUGGUGGAUAUAAUAACACCAUGGUGGAUAUAAUAACGCCAUGGUGGAUAUAAUAACGCCAUGGUGGAUAUAAUAAUGCCAUGGUGGAUAUAAUAACGCCAUGGUGGAUAUAAUAAUGCCAUGGUGGAUAUAAUAACAUAUAAUAACCUUGUAAAAGUGUCAAACCCUCACAGUGAGACUAGAGCAGGGGUAGGCAACUAGAUCUUUGUCUGAGUGGAUGGUCGGGGGGACGGAACAUAUUUAUAAUAAUAUGUACAUUGCAAAUUGACCACAGCUAAGCCCAAAAAGCGUACAAAUAUUUAAAAUAACAAUAGUGUCAUACCUUGAUUACAUUGAGACGAUAACAUAUGUCAGUGUUUUUAUUAGUGGGAAUAAUUGAGAACAGAUUUCCUAAAUUAAACUAAUUUUUAGCUGAAUUCCUGGUGAUUUUACAGUCUUUUUUAACCAAACAAAAUUACAUGCUUUACAAAAAACUUUGGGGGCCAAAAAAUAUCAGUCACGGGGCGGUUUUGGCCCGUGGCCUGCCUAUUGCUGACCCCUGGACUAGAGGGUCUGUCUGCCAGCUGGACGUGCUAACAUGGGGUCAGAGGAUUAAAUGGUGCCUUGGAGCAAUCAAACAAGUGCUGCACCCAACUGCAAUAAACCCAGUCGCUGUGCCAACAUAAAGCCAUUUCCUCCCUCCACCGGUCCUCCCUGCCCUCUCCCAUGGCUCUACAACUCUCCACUGAGUGGACACUGUAAAUCAGAGCUAUAGAUCAACAGUUAAAACCUGCAGUCAACACCCACAGGGGUUCCACUAUGUCUGAAUCCCAAAAGGCACCCUAUACCCAUAGGGCUCUGGUCAAAAGUAGUGCACUAUAUAGGGAAUAGGGUGCCAUUUGGAACACAGCCUAGGUCUCAGACAGUACUGGCGGAUGGAUAGACAGAGCCAAGUCCUUCUCCUAACAAGCUAUUCUGUGUGGGAGCAGUGGUUACAUUUAUGAGGUGCAUGUGUGUUCACUGUUGGAAAGGUGGAAAUCAUGACAGACUCAUAACGGAAGAAAUGAUUGCCUUAAUCAGAGGAUUUCCAAAUGUGUUUCUAACCAACCAAGCCAUUUAAAGCUAAAGUUGGGACACAUACAGUAUCAAUUUCUGCCAUGUCAUACGCUGCAGAGGAAUUCACCAUCUGCUCGUCUCUCAUAGGCUCUACAGGCCAAUUGCUCAAUUACCGCCCAGCAUGGUGGUUGGGCUAGGUACCUGGGCCUGCCUGGUCUGGGCCUGUGGUGAGUCCCUUCCCUGCCACCCUCGCCAUCUCUCAACCAGAUACUAAUGAUAUGAUACACUCCUCCCCUUCCUUUGCCCCUAUCCAAUUGUGUUUGAUCAGUGAAUGCAUUUUAAAGGUACAAAGUCUGCGUCUAUAUAUAGGAAGUACACUCAACCAGUAGAAAACAGGGAGUUUCUGCUCGUAGUGUUGAAGGCCUAUGUUGAAAUGUGCGCCUCAUCAGAAAUCAGUGAAAACCCUUACCUUCUCAACUGGGUCAAUCAGGUUUCCAUAUAACCCCAUGCAGGUUGGGACUGUGUUCCUUAGAAUCCCCACCCCUAAAGAAGCACACAUAAGGAGACAAGAGAGAGACAGUUAUUACAUCAGGAGUAGGAUUACGGAUUUCAUAAUAAAACAAAAUGACAGACAGACACACACAACUGACGUCUCCGUCUCAGAGAUUCAUAUAUCUCCUAUCAUCCCUCACUUCCUCAAUAUCAAGCUGAUCUCCUCUCUUCUAAUGUCUCUCUCCAUCUCUGUCUGUCUGUCCUUCAGACCGGCGAUAAGAGCAGAGAAGAUAGCCAGGAGGUAUCAAUGCCUAUUCUCAGUCUGCCAACAGCCUGUCUGCCCCCUCCAAGAGAAAGAGAUGAGGUUUCGGCUGUACUGUCAGAUGAGACUGACCUAUGUUUACUGGACAUUUUCCAAAGGUCUUUCUGCUGUAUAGAGGAGAACUGAACAAAGAAUGAGAAUGACUCAACCGAAAUCAUCAAAGCACAUGAUGUGCUUUACUUGGAACAACCUAAAUUACAACUUCGAAGUACUUAUUUUAGGUGCCUCAUAAAAAAACAUGUGCCCUUCUAUGAAGGAAGUGAGUCGCCAGUCACUUUCUGCGAUGCAGGCAGCGGACUGGGCAGUGAUGUAACGUCAGCAUAACACAGUCGUUGGGAAAUACUGAACCUGGGCCUUUACGGACACCCCAACCAGCCUCUCUCUCUGUCCACUCCAGUCGUCCCUUGUGAGUAUCCUAUCACGAUCUCCAAUUACCAAACAGCUGAAUCCUAAGCUUUGCACUCAGCCUCCACCACCAUCCAGAUCAUUAACUUCACUGAAAGAAUGUGUUAGGUUGAGGGGUAAAAUCCCCUUGUGUUUCAGUACUCAGAGAGGAGAUGGUGUGGGAAGUUGGGGCAUGGUAGCAUAAUGCAGUAUGUUGCAAAAAGAGAAGGAAGUAAGACAUGAUAGCUACUGGUCGAUUUCAUCAAAGCCAAUAGAGUACCACAGUGUGAGUCAUAAUACCCAUAAAACCUAACAGUCAAACAGGGAAAUGGUUCCAAUAGUUAUUCCAAAAUUCCUUUUUCCCAUAGAGUUUUUUUUAGAAACACUUAAAAUAAGGUCUGUGUUCCAUGUAGACUUACCCUGGUGUGGCGUUUUGAUAACUGUGUAAAUCUCUCUAGGACAAGGUGACUUUUAUCAAUAUAUUCGCCUGUAUUUACCCCCCAAAAAUGAAAUACUAAUUGGCUGCUUAUGUGACUUUCAUAAAGAACUACAAAUGCCAUGAUGAUCUGGAUGAGACUGCCGAAUCGAGGCAAAGGUAAGAAUCUCUAGAUUAACUAUCUAAUGUUAGCUAAAUGUACUACUGAAUAAAUUGGCUACAUUUCUUUAAAUGGACAAUUCUAUGAACUGUCUUGUGCAAGUUUUAAAUUGACACAAUACCUGUUAGCUAGAGAUGACGUGCAGGAGCUUGCAGGGAUUUGUAGUCUUGCAUGACGCCUCCUUUGAUGCUAAUUAGCAUUUUUGAAUCUGAGCAUAAAUAGAGUUGGAAUAUAUUGAUAAAAGUCACCUUGUCCAAGAAAGAUUUCCAUGGUUAUCAAAACGUCACGCCAGGGUAAGCCUACACGAAACACAACCUUUAUUUUAAGUGUUUCUAAAAUCUCCUAUGGGAAAAAUGAAUGGUGGAAAAACGAUUGGAACCAUUUCCCUGUUUGACCGCUAGGUUUUAUGGGUAUAAAGGCCUAAAAAGAGGCCUAAAAAGGCAAUGGAUAUCACAGAAAAUGUUCUUAUUUAUAGCCUAUUAUUGAGCUGUAUUUGGUUAAUAAUGUAGAAAUAGAUUAAAUACACACAUAUAAUACUGAAUGUAGCAUAUUCCUUUCUUUGCCACCCAAAUAUACUUAAUAUGGAUUCAAAUAAUCUAUUUCCUCUGGUGUUGACAACAACUAGGCCUAAUACAAAUCUGGAAGAUCUGCAUACAGCAUUGCUGAACCUUACUAUUCCAAAUAAUGCGUCUUCAGGCUAUACAACCGGGGAAUGGGUAAAACCAGGGAUUUAGCUAAAUUAAAUGCAGGGUCAUUUAGCAUAGGAUCAAGAUUGUGGAGAGCAGAUGUGACAAGGAGGCUUGUAGGUACAAAUGACUGAGGCAAACAAUGAAUGGAUGUAUCCAUGGGGAAAAGCCUACAGCCCCUACACUGGCAGAUUCACAUUCAUUUGGAGAAGAAAAACAACUUAUGAUCUGGGCUAAUUAAUUACAUUAGUAAUGGUGCCUCAUCUGUCAUUCCUCUGUCAGUGGAGUCGGCUGAAUUGGGGUGUAUAAAUCAGACGUGUGUCCUGGGCCCCAUUCAUAUUCAUCACAUUAAUUAAUCAAAUUACACACUAACACAGACAGGGGCACACACACACACACACGCACAGACACACACACACAUACACAAGUGACGCGAACACACAGAAGCAUGCACACACACAGACACACAUGCAAACACACUGAAGCAUGCAUGCACGUAGGCAAACACACACACACACCCACUGUAGUCUGUAUGACCCUCUGCUCUUCUAGUUUCAUCGUGCCCUUCACUUCAGAAUAAAACCCUUAUGUGGACCCAUUGUGGCAGGCAGCAUAAUAGAUUUUGAUAAAAGCAUAGAUUAAUGUGUUGGUUUAUUAAUCUCAAACAGCAGAUGGCUUUCAUGCAGCUCAUUUAUGCUCAGAACGCAAACACAGAGCAUGACGAGAGAAUGAGAAUGUCUGAGAGGAAUGACUCACAUCACUCCUAAUUGAUCCUCUUGCUGUCACAUUCCUCUUACCAGUUUACCGGACUGUUUUUCUGAUGACCAAACAACACGCAGACACUUAAACAGAGCCAACUCUUAAACAGUGUUGAAGACACACCUCUUGUUCUUGAGGUAAACGUUGGCAUGGCUGGGUCGGCCUAGCAUCACCUAGGCCAACCUAUGUGGUGACCCAAAGAAAAGUUCCAGGUGCGGGGUUCGGCUGAAACACAAUGGACCUGCAUAUUGAUAUGCCUAUACUCCCUAGUGCUUUUCUUCAUUUAAAUAUUUUGGCUUGAAAUGGGUCUUCGCCAGGACAGACAGCAAUGAAAUCAACCUGCAUGUUAUUGUGCUCACUUCCUUCUAUGGCCAGGUGUGGACCAGCAAUGUGCUCUGAGGUUUAGCCAGGCCAGUGUCAUUCAGCAUGGUGAUGGUGGUGUUGAGCUGUGAGUUCAGGACCCUGGACAAUGCUCUGUUGAACAGCUCUCUCUUUCUCUCUCUCUCUCUGCAGCUGGAGGUCAGACAGCCUCACUGAGAAACUCCACAGAGUUAACACCACCAGCUGGUCCCAGGCAAUAAAUCACACAGAAUUGUUUAUUUGGGGCAAGUCCCCCAAAUUAAAUUUGUCCAUGAAGACGAACACUCAGCUGCCUGAAAGGCAGCAACAAACAUAUGUCAUGUAUUUAAUGUUAUUAUGAGGUAGCAGCUACCCUUUAGCUUUUGGACCAUGUCUCACUGUACUGGUUACAGCAUCCUCUCAGCUGACCCGCCAUCACAGAACCUUACAGCAUCCUCUCAGCUGACCCGCCAUCACAGAACCUUACAGCAUCCUCUCAGCUGACCCUCCAUCACAGAACCUUACAGCAUCCUCUCAGCUGACCCGCCAUCACAGAACCUUACAGCAUCCUCUCAGCUGACCCUCCAUCACAGAACCUUACAGCAUCCUCUCAGCUGACCCGCCAUCACAGAACCUUACAGUAUCCUCUCAGCUGACCCGCCAUCACAGAACCUUACAGUAUCCUCUCAGCUGACCCUCCAUCACAGAACCUUACAGUAUCCUCUCAGCUGACCCGCCAUCACAGAACCUGAGCAGACUUGACUCACAUUAAGACAUUCUGCGUUUACACAGGCAGCCCAAUUCAGAUAUUUUGCCCAAUUAUUGGCAAAAUAGCUGAUCUGAUUGGUCAAAAGACCAAUCAGUGGAAGAAGAUCAGAACUGGGUUGCCUGUGUAAAGGCAGUCCAGAACCAUCAGGUGUCAGGACCUGUAGAGAGGUCUGUAUCUGAACCACUGGUAGGGCCCUUUAGCUUAGUUGGUUCAAACAAUUCUGCUCCUAUUGGUGAUUAUCCCAUCUCUCUCAAGGAAGCUUACUCAAGGAAGGACAUGUUCCUCUAAUACAUUAUGUUUAAAAGCCUGGAUAGUGGAUGGUAUUGAUAUGAAUACUGUACUUGAUGUAUUGAUAGUUUAUCUGAGAUUUGGUUUUAUUUUUUCAUAUUUUAGUAAUUGACUAUUAAGCUAAAGUACAGGUAUCUCAUUUUAAUGAAAUAAAUGAAAUAUUAAACAAAAUUAUGUAAGGUCCCCUCUUAAUUUUCAAGCUUCCUGUGGAAAUCAUUCUAAAGUAUCUCAAAAUUGAUUUCAAUGAAGUUACUUAUAGAUGAUUUGUUCAAUGAAGUUACUUAUAGAUAGAUGAUUUGGACAUGAUUUGAAAAUGCUAAUAUGGGUACCAUUGACUUGCAUUGGAUUGUCCUGGGGGCAUUUUGCCCCACUGUAGAGGGGGCAUUUUCCCCCAAACAUACUCACUUUAAAUGUUACUAUAUUAUUGAAAACUGAUGACAAUUGUUCUCUCUAGCUAAGUGGAUUAUUUUUCUUUAGGCUCCCCUACUGGUAUAUAUAAAAAAGUUUAUAGAUCUAACUUUAUUAGAUUAUAUAUAGGCUUAAAACGUUUUCUUAAUGACAAAAUAUUAGAUCAAUGUACCUGAACAUUGUUUUGUUGGAGUGACUUAAAAAGUUGAGAUGAGACAGAUGACAUUUUUAGUUGAGCAAGAAUAGUGGCAGCCAGGGAAAGUGUAGAUUUUUUUGUUGCGUGAAAUAAAGUGGUUUCUGUGAGGAUUACAGGCAGGGGACGUUUAACCCCAAGCCAACCUAUUAUCCUCAUUCCAAAUAGCCUACAUAUUAAUGAAAACAAAUUAAUAAUAUAAAUAGUUAUUAUGCAAAGCAUGCUAUAGCUGUGGUAUAAUGGCGUUAUUUGAUAGUCAAUAGGCUAUAGCAGCUAUAUAUUGUACAAUGUAGGCUACUAAAGAAUAAAGCAACAAAAAAACUGCAGGGUGGAAAAAUCUUGCUGCCACUGGUAGCAGCAUUAAAUGGGUUGCGUAGCCUACCAGUCAAACGAUGCAGCUCUUAGCCUAUUCUUCUUGCUCUUUCUAGUUUCCACUCAACCCAACUACAAAUUGUGAAUGCGCAUAUAAAUGCCUGACAUACCAGAGAACGCAAUGCGAUGUGUCCUACUCCUCUGUUGGCCUAAAUAUAAAAAUAUUUCCAUUACCUUUCCGCUAGAAAGGUCGACAGACCCUUCUCCGUCAACUGACAGCAAAGGCUUGCCUUGUGUGGUGGUGCACUUAAAGCGCCGGGGGCAAAGAGGCGACAGAUGGGGGAUGGUCCCAGGGCCGGCUCUAGCCUUUUGGGGGCCCUAAGCAAGAUUAAGCUACUUUCCUGCAAUUCUACACAUUUUGUCAUGACUUAUGCCAUGUUAAUGAUAUCUUAGUGAGAGUGACUAACCAAAUCAAUGAAUGCCCCCUUGAGGUCAGGGCCCCUGGGCACAUGCCUGAGUUCCCGGUUGGUAUUCGGACAUGAUUACUACAAGUUUAGAUAGCUGGCUAGACUAAUUAACCAAUCUGAAAAUUGUUAGCUGAAAUGGUUAAUUAAGUCACCUUCACUGACUGACAUAACAGAAAAAUUGCUGAUGCGCAACCAAAUUUUGAACUUGCACCUUGUGUAUUCUACUAUUCUAACUCUCAACAGUAAGUUGAGACCCGACUGAGUUCCUAAAUGUAAAUAAUAAUAAUAAUACCCUAGCGGCCGCUUAUGCCUGGAGCCGGCCCUGGAUGGUCCGAUGGAAGACUGAUGUUGGUCUUGAAAUUAUCACCCCAGUGGAAAUAGCGCUGUCUGAAUCCCCACCGACAAGACCAGAACAUUUAUCUGAAGCUUCCUGUAGGCCUAAUGUAAAAAAAAAAAUCAAUAAACUCGUAUUUCAAAAAAAGCUUGCAAGGAUGAGUGGAACAGGUUCAGAUUGAAGUGGUGUGAACUCAGACAGUGAGCUGCAGAAAUGGGUUCAUUAAUUAGACUAUGUUAUUAACAAAAGUGCAUGGCUAAUUUACCCAAAUACUAAUAAUAGUAAGUAGCAAAAAUGACAAUGACAAUAAUUUCCCCAUACCGGUAAUUCAAUUUAGUCUACUACACUUUUCCCGCCAGCUCAGUAGAUGGCGAUAAAGCUGCUAGUUCCAACGCCUGCGCAUAAACGCUCUUGUACACGUUCUGUCUUUCUUUCCGGCUCCGGUCCCCUGGCAAGUUGUAAGGUAAGAAAAUACCGGAAAAAAAUUAUCUGAAUAAAUCUCCAACAUCUUACAUUGUAUGAAGCUGUUACUCUCAGUUUACAUAUAUGUGUAUCUCGUUGUUAUAAACAUCCACACAUUUCCCCAAAAAGCCUUGUAUUACUCGAGAUGUAGGCUGAUAUACACAGGGUAGUCUAGGUAACAUGACUGCAUUUUGGUCAACGCUAACUAGCUACCACUUUGCCGGAUGCAACAGUUACUCGUUUAAGUGCAGUGUUAUCAUUAGACUGUAUAAGCCUGAUGAAAAAAAUAAAUAUAUAAAUGGUUUCUGUUACCCACCUCAUCUGGGAAAUGAGCCCAUACCAUAGUUGUCCGAAGAAGCUGGUUAGCUAACGUUAACUACCGACUGGGGCUCCCAAUCUUGGUCAAACUGUGACCACCAUGCAGGCGAAUAUAAAGCAGCCAGUAUUUGUGGGUAGGCGGACAACCCUGUUAUAUUGCACGUACGCAAACGCUUGUCUCAUUGUCGUUUGUGUGAACAGAUGCUGAUGCCCAAGAAGAACCGAAUUGCCAUCUAUGAGCUCCUCUUCAAAGAGGGCGUCAUGGUGGCAAAGAAAGAUGUGCAUCUGCCCAAGCACCCCGAGCUUGCCGACAAGAACGUGCCCAACCUUCAUGUGAUGAAAGCAAUGCUGGUGAGAUCGAACUUUAGGCGAUAUUGCUUCUAAUUUGGGUUUUUGUUCGUUUUAUCCUUUGAGACUGGGGUGCAGUUCUUGUGUCAAGUAGCAUGAUGUCCACAGGUAUGACAGUGAAGAGAUUAUGCAUAUCCGAUGUGGACUACAUAAAGAAGUUCCCUAGCAUGCAAUGUCUGAGAUGUUGGAUUUUUGGACUUUGUCGUAUCUCUGCCUGGAAAAUGCAUGUUUUUGCAUGUUUGUCUUUCAGUCCUUGAAGUCACUUGGGUAUGUUAAGGAGCAAUUUGCCUGGCGCCAUUUUUACUGGUACCUCACCAAUGAAGGUAUCCAGUACCUGAGAGACUUCCUGCACCUUCCACCUGAGAUUGUUCCCGCCACUCUGCGGCGCCAGAUGCGUCCUGAUACUGCAAGGCCCAGGCCCAAGGGUACGUCCACUUAUAGGCCUGCCAUUUGCACACUGCUGAGCCGUGUACUACACAUCCACUGUAGUUGCUGGAAUUGUGCUGAACAGGACAGUAUGAAAAGAAAGUAUCCAAGCCAGCACAGUAUGUGAAUCUGGUAUUACUGCUCCUAGUAAGGCCCCUACUUCUACAAACUGGGCUGGAGGAUUCCAGUCCUGGGGGUCUGCAGUUUGCUGGCUUUAGUACCAGCCCUGUACUAACAACUGAUUCAACUAAUUGUGGUCUUUUUAAUUUAGACUGAUUAGUUCAAUCAGUUGUGUUAGAGCUGGGCUUGAACAGGUCCGUAUACACUGUGGUCCUCAAGGACCGGACAGUGAGGAAUAUUGGAUCUAGUGCUGUAAAGCCAUAGGUGCUGGACCUAAACUUGAUGAUCCUUCCUGUGUUUUUGAGCGUCUUUAACCUCCCAACCAGCUGAGCAUUGCCUUUUUAUUUUCCAGGUAUGGAGGGAGAGAGGGGAGAGCGGCCCGCCCGCUUCAACCGUGAUGGGGCUGAUAGAGACAAUUACAGGAGAUCUGCUGCACCACGUAUGUAUAGUGUUACAGGAUCCCUCUUUCAGCCAACUGGCCAUUUCAUCAUCUGCUGACUAGUGUGCUUUGUAGCUCCAAAUACACUUGAUGGUAACCCUGCCUGGGUUUCCAGUAGUUGAUCACAUUUGUGCUUGGUAAUGACUUGUCUCCUCAGCCUUUGUGUAACUAGUAUGAAGGGUGAUGUUGAAUGGGUGAAAAUGUUUAGCUUACAAGCUACAGGAAAUUACAUGGUCAUUGGUGUUUACUGAUCAUGAAAAGCAUGCAGUUACUUGCUGUAUAACUCUGAGACUAAAUGUGCGCAAAUGUUUUGCAUGGAAUAAUCAGAAAUGUGUAAUUAUAUGCUCAAUAGGUGACGGUAUUAAAACGAAAAAGUUAAAAUGUCUUUAACAAUCCCUUAAACGGCAUGUAGUUGUAAAUGGUUUUAGCGGAUCUGUGGGUCUACUUGCCCCCCAGCAGCCAAAUCAAACCUAUUGUGACGUUUUAUUGUAAACAACCUAUAACAAAAACAAAAAAAAUUGGGGAAAGAAUGUUUAGCUUACAAGCUGUUCUUUUCUUUACAGCUGGUGGAGACAAGAAAGCAGAGGCAGGUGCUGGUUCAGCCACAGAGUUCCAAUUCGUAAGUACUGUAUUGCCUAAUGGUACUGUAGCCUGAAGCAAGGGCGUUUCUUAAACGGAAGCAAACGAAACGGGACAUACCUGAAUUUGUCCAAUAGAAACUCUUGUUUUAACUGUUUGGACUAAUGAUUACACCACAGGUGUUCUCAACUAUGUUCCUGGGGACACACUCAAUAUGCUGGUUACACGAAGUCUAAAUAAUGCAAAAUAAUUUUGAGUUUAUUGGAUAGCCGACUGUUGAAAGGUUAUAUACAUCUAUAUGUUACUAGAAUAGGCAAUUCAGGCCUCCCGAGUGGCACAGCAUUGCAGUGCUUGAGGCGUCACUACAGACCCGGGUUCGAUCCCAGGCUGUGUCACAGCCGGCCGUGACCGGGAGACCAUGCGACAGCGCACAAUUGACCCAGCGGCGUUCGGGUUAGGGGAGGGUUUGGCCGGCCGGGAUUUCCUUGUCCCAUCGCGUUCUAGCGACUCCUUGUGGCGGGCCGUGCGCCUGCAAGCUGACCUAGGUCCCCAGCUGGACGGUGUUUCCUCCGACACAUUGGUGCGGCUGGCUUCCGGGUUAAGCGAGCAGUGUGUCAAGAAGCAGUGCGGCUUGGCAGUGUCGUGUUUCGGAGGACGCAUGGCCCUCUCCCGAGUCCAUAGGGGAGUUGUAGCGAUGGGACAAGACUAACUACCAAUUUGAUAUCAUGAAAGAGGGGUAAAGGCAAUUCAAAGCCUUAUUUUGUUUUGCAUUUAAAUUGACUCAACUAUAUGACAUUACCAUGAGCAAUUGUAAUUGAUCAGCUGGUUUGAAAAACUGCAUACAUUGUGUAGCCAGAAGCACUGUUGUAACGCAUUGAGUAAAGUUAUUCGGGUAGACAAACUCGGGACAUGAAUUGGAAACAUAACCGUAUGAUUGUUUUCAUGACCAACUGUUGUCCUGUGACCUGGAAGCUGACCCUUUCCUCUGUUGUCCUGUGACCUGGAAGCUGACCCUUUCCUCUCUUGUUUUCAGAGGGGUGGAUUUGGACGAGGCAGAGGACAGCAGCCUCCUCAGGAGUAAAUUUCUAUCAAUUUCUUUACAAUAAAUACAUAAAACGCAGCUUUGUCCUUUUUCUUUGUCAGUACUUUAGAUACUGGCCAUUCUGGAUUCAUGUAGUAUUUUUACACUAUAUUUACAAUGUUUGUGUGGACUGGGGAGUGUUAAUUCACACACUACACUAAUUAUACUAGCUAAAGCUUGGCAGAGGUUAUUCAAAAGUGCAGUCUUUCAGUCAGGUGUUUACAACAACAUAUAUGUAUUAAAAGCAGAAUAAGCAGCGAGACACGUCAAGGUUCAUUAAAAGGCAAAUCGAAUCCAGAUCUGAAAUACUGGUGUUUUAUUUGUUGGCACAUUUAUAUUACAAUCUUCAGUCCACUGGUUUAUUCCACAUUCCCAAAUGAUGAGAAGUAAAAUUCCAAGGAAGUACACCUUGGAGAAAACAAUCACUACAAAUAUGUAGGGAAAUUAAAGGCUGAGGUCAAGGGCUUGUGUUGAGGGAAAUGCACAAAUUUUAGGUAGUCCAAAUAGCUUUUUUUCACUGAAUCACAUCGGAUUUCGAUUUUGACUAAUACAUUUGUACAUAGCAGGGGAGUAUCACCGCAACUGCUGGACGGUCCAAUAGAAAAAGGAUCAAGCUGUUAGAGUAAACACUAUGGCAAUGCUAUGACACGAAUGCUCAACUGGACAUUGAGGCAAAGUUGUUUCACAUGGGUUGUUGCAGAAUACUGCCUGGGCACUAGGUGGUGUUAAUCAUUUCCCAGUGGUCAUGUGAUUAUCGAUAUCAUAGCCAAGUUUAACAACUCCGCGCUGAAGGACCGAGGUCUAUUGGAGCAGAGGCUGCUUUAGAAUGCAUUCUUCCUCAUUUCAUUCAUCCUCUAGAUGCUUCCACUGUGCUUGUCAUGCUUUUUGACAGCAGUGCCGUGUAAAAUCAUCCCUUAGGAAGAGAAAUGCAUGUAUAAAUCCCCCUCCACUUCAACUUUCAUUGCGCAUUGCAUUAACAAAAGGAGUUAACAGAAUUGUGAUAUGGAAAGGGGAAAAAUACACUGACUAAAGCCUAAGGUUUAUCGGAGAGCCUCUGGCUAUAAGACUUGUGCUGCUUUAGCUAGUAUGUACAACACUUGUCAGGAACACAUGAAAAUCGACAGGUUAAAGAACAAGUGGCCAUUCAUCGGCUGUUAUAUAUGGAUAUCCACACAUUCUUUUUUGACAGUGCUUGCCCUCCCUCGUACCAAUUUUCAUUAGAACCCCUUCACUUUGUCCGUCACACAGAUUUUCAACUCCAGCUCUAAUUAGAUUGUUAGAUCAUUAUCAUUGAAAGAAAAUGGUGGACCUUAAGGGAGGCUGACCACAGAAUUCAAAUAUAGGCCUAGAUGUAUUCUGCUCUGUGGGGCUGACAGGUGGUAUUGGAAAGGAUCUGGUUUUCACUAGAAAGUUCCAAGACUUUGCCCCCACACCUUCCGAUGCAGGUAAUUUAAAAAGCAAUAAAUCUGGGUUUAAAGUCCUAGGCCUUUGUGAGAGGUGAGGAGGGGAUUCCUGUAGCAUUUCUAUUGAUAUAAGUAAUCCACUCACCAACUUGGUUACAACCCUUAAAGAUAGUUUACAUCCCAUUGCCAAUUAGAGAACAGGCCUACAUCGUUGAGUCUGGGAUUGGGGAAAACACAAUGCUCAGUUUGGAGAGCGAAUGAUGAGCUACUGAAACAAUGACAGGGCAAAAUAGGACGGGGAGAUGUAGUGCCCAGUAAGUAUAAGCGUUGGUUGUCAGGAGACUAGGAUAAUGUCAUAACAGCGCAGCGCUGUCAUGUAUGGUUUGGAACGGUGCUUAGCGGAGAAUCUACAUUUUGCCCUAAAUUCAAUUAGAUUUAACCGGCAAUAGCCGUCACGGUGUAGGAGGUGUAACUACUUUGGAGCUGUCAAAUCGGUGAGCA